GAGAUGAUGAAAUCGAAAAUCGUGAUAUUGCGCCAUGCAGCUGUUUCUGUGGGCCCUGCGAUUUUCCGUCUCUGCAUUGCUAUUACGUACAUCCCCACCACUUGCACCCCAAGGUCCACAACGCGAGAAUCACAUCGUUUCAACAUCGCGUGAGCCAGUUCAGACAUCCCACAAUACAACAACGUGCAAUAGUCUAGCUAUCGAAUCAAUCGAUUGUUCGGAACCAGGACCACGAUAUUCCAGCCCAAGGCCGAAGGUGCCGUGCCGUGAUGCGAGCGUGCUACAUAUGGAAUCCCCCAGCCCCCGACCAAGCCUUUUCGUGGGAGGAAAGACAGAAAGAACUGAACAUGCCCGCCUGCCUGCCGGAAUAGAACGCCUAGCUGUUGAAUUGAUGAUACAAGAAAAUGAAGUUUGUUACCCCCAAAAGUCCUAAUGAGUCUUCAUCUCCUUGUUGUCAAGAAGAAUCACUACUGCCCUGCGAUUAACUUGCAGAACAUUGGCAGACUGGCAUAACCAUGACCUGAUGGAUCUCCCCCGGCUUCGUAUCCCACCACC